CUCGCCCGCCAUGCCGUCCUCGCUGCUCGUCCCUAUCCUCGUCGGGGGCAUGCUCUUCACGGGCUCCAGUAAUUCCCUCUGGAGCAAAUGGCAGGACAUGCAAUGUGUAGAGAACUGCGGGGACAAGAAUCCGGCAAACCAUGUUCUGUAUGAACAGCCCGUGUGGCAGACUCUCCAGAUGUUCCUCGGAGAGAUGCUCUGCUUCCUCCCUGUCAUUUACUCUUGGGCCCGCUCGAAGCGCCAGGCUCAGCCUCUGAGCCUCCCUGCCGACUCCGAAGAAGAGCCUGCCGCCGGCGUAAAGGCCGAGAUCCCCCAGCAGCACCUCGAGGGCUGGAAGGUUUUGCUCUUAUGGUUCCCCGCCGCCUGCGAUCUUGCCGGCACCACGUUGAUGAACGUCGGCCUGCUCUACACCCCGGUCUCGAUCUAUCAGAUGACCCGGGGCGCCCUGGUCCUGUUCGUCGGCGCCCUCUCCGUCAUCUUCCUCCGCAGGCGUCUCUGGCUCUACCAAUGGACCGCCCUUAUCACCGUUAUGGCAGGCGUGUCACUUGUCGGUUUGAGCGGUUCCAUGGUCAAGGAUGCCGUGAAAGAACCCGCAGUGAAUAUGUUUGACGAGACGGAGCCCGUCGAAGAGCCGGAAGUCACGAAAGUUCUCGUCGGCGUGUUCUUCAUCCUCUUCGCUCAGGUCUUCACCGCUACCCAAUUCGUCGUCGAAGAGAAGAUUCUUACCCGUUACUCCGUCCCUUCUCUGGUCGCUGUGGGCUAUGAGGGGCUGUUCGGCGCGCUCACCAUCGUCCUCGCCAUGCCGCUUCUCGCGCGCUUCUCGUCCGUGUCUCCGUUCUUCGAUCUGCCGCGUGGCUGGCACCAGAUGGUCGACACCCCCGCGGUCCUGUGGUCCGGCGUCGUCAUCGCCUUAUCCAUCUCGCUCUUCAACUUCUUCGGCCUCAGCGUGACCCGCCAUAUCAGCGCGACGGCGCGCAGCGUGAUCGACUCGUGCAGAACGCUCAGCAUCUGGAUCGUUAGUCUCGGGCUUGGCUGGGAGGUGCUCGCCUGGCCGGUCUCCCUCCUGCAGGUCGCUGGUUUCGCGCUUCUGGUAUACGGAACGUUCCUCUUCAACCACAUGGUCAACCCACCGCGCUUCCUGCGUCCCCGGUCGAGCGAAACGCCUGCUGCGCCGACCGAAGACGACGCCGAGACGGCCACGCUGCUCGCCGAGGAGGCCCUCGACGAUACCGCCUUGCUUCCCUCCGAGCUUGGGCGCAGUGGGUUCGAUGUCGUUCCCCCCGAAGAGCUUGCACGCUCGCACUCGCGUUCGCGUGCCCCGACCGGCUCCGUGCCCGCUGCGGGCGACGGCGAGGACCGUGUCUGAGCGAAUCUCCUCGGCUCGUUGUAUGUACGGCGGUGGGUGCCCGCCCGUCCGCAUAGCGCGGUCCCGUACGGCUGCUUGUUUGCCCAAGGCGGACGCCUGCUAAUAGUUCUUUGGAUGGUGUACAUUGUGUAACAGUCAUAUUCGUCAUUGCUAUUCGACGCUAUAACUUAU